AUGGCGGCUUCACGACAGCAACCUGGACUGGCUUGCGAGGAAUGCCGGAAAAAGAAACUCCGAUGCGAUAGACGACGGCCUCAAUGUGACCAGUGCGAAGACUCUGGUAUAACCUGCCUUGUAAAUCAAGUUCGCUCACCACGGGGCCCCAAGAAGGGGCAUCUCAAGGCUUUGCGAAAUCGCAUUGCUACGCUGGAAAGUAUUAUAAAUUGUCACCAGGGUAAUCUUGGUCCCAAGGAAGUAUUGGACGGUAGUGAGAAAUAUCAUUCCGACGAGACAGCUCAAUUGUUCAGCCCAUCCGAAGAGUAUAUUCCCAACCCCACGAAGAGCGAAUGUCGUGAUAUCCCCUGCUCCAUUGAGGCAUCCACAAUAACCUCACCUAUUACACCCAUGACCCCGCCUGAACAUGAGAGCUUAGAUAUGAUCGAGGCAGAUCUGGACCAGCUAUAUUUCGACAGAGUACACCCUGUCGCGCCCAUGCUCCACCGGGGCCGGUAUUUCUCCUGGUCACAGAGCUUCAACAAACCAGCCUCCCACAUCUGCUUACAAUUUGCAAUGUGGGCACUUGCAGCAGCCUCAUCCGCCCAUUUACAGCACAUGCGGAAAUCUCUCUUCACCCGUGCACGGUCCGCGAUUGACGCUCUAGAUCACGAUAUCGAAUCCAGCAGUGCGGCCUGUCUCCAAGUAGCCCAAGCAUGGCUUCUUCUAACUCACUAUGAGUUCCGCUACAUGAGCUACCGCCGAGCAUGGCUUACCGCAGGACGCGCCUUUCGAAUUAUCCAACUCGCCAAAUUACACGAGAUCGAUCGGCUCAAUGGCGUUAGUAUAAACAUGGCACAUCCUGAAGCAUGGGCGGAGGCCGAGGAAAAGCGUCGCACCUACUGGCUAGCAUAUUGCCUAGACCGAUUCCUCAAUAUCUCUGACGAGUGGCCUCUAAGUCUACAGGAGGAAGCACUCUGCAUAUAUCUCCCCGUCUCGGAGUCAGACUUCCAGCACAGCAGGCCCGUCCUUAUGGACUCCUUAUAUGACGAGAUCGAGACCUCCGGACAGAAAAUGCUACCGCCUUUCGCGGAGACAAUCGUCCUGAUCACGCUAUGCUGGCACAGCGUUACAUUCCAGCACGCCGGGUACGGCGACAAAACAUCUCCGACAAACGGAGAUGCCUGGAAGAGCCAUACUUGGCUAUACCAAAUAGUACAACAGCGGUUGAUACUCGUCUCACUACCCCCUUCCUCGCCCGAACUCCACGACCCCAUGCGUCUCUUCACAAACAUGCUCGCCAAUGCCGCAGUGAUAUGGCUAUACAACAUCAUGGAGACCCUACAGGUGGAAGUCGAUGAGGAUAUUAUCCUAGUUCCGCUCUACUCCGCGUACGAGAUCGUAGGUUUGGCGAAACCGCUCACCCGAUCCAGCUUUUUCAAGGUAAGACCACCCACUUCCCCUUCCCGUAAAUUGACGGUAACCUUUGUGUUUUACGAUGUUACACAGGCGCAUGCGUUCUCUCCCAUGCUACUCUAUCUCUCGGCAAAGUUUCUCAAGACACAUGCCGAUCAACUGAGUACGUGUGUCUCCGCGUCGGAGGAUAAACAGCAGAAGUUGGAGGAUUUGAGAAAGGCUUUACGUGUUUUGCAAGGUGGGAAUAAUUUAGCUAUGAGCUACUUGGAGUUGCUUGACUCGGACUCGGACUCGUUCGACAAAUUGUGCAACUUGGCAUCUGCCCAAGGGUGUACUAUGUCUGAUGUCCCAGGUCAGCCGGAGCCACCUUUCUUUUUGGAUAUCAUGAAUCUUUUCUAG